AGCCGCAGCGGCUGCGGUGGGGAGCGCCCGGCCCGGCCCGGCUCGGCUCGGAUCCGAUCCUCCCCGGCCCCGCCGCUGCUGACACCCCGCUUGGCAUCGCCGGCUGCGCUCCCGGGAGCCCCCCGCCCCUGCUGCGGGUGGACAAGUCAUUCAUCUAUCACAGAAGCCUCCGGCCCAGUCCGAUGGAGAAUUGCUUUGAAGAACCAUGGGCCAAGCCAGUGUGUCUCACACACCGUAGAACUGCCCUGGGUGGGCUCUGCUCCCCCCCACCCCAAGACCUCAGAGUUGUUUGAGAUGAUCGAAAAGAUGCAGGGAAGCAGAAUGGAUGAACAGCGAUGCUCCUUCCCACCCCCUCUCAAGACCGAAGAGGAUUAUAUUCCGUAUCCCAGCGUCCAUGAGGUAACGAGGGUGCCUGUGCUCUGCCUGUGUCACAUUUGUGUUGCCGUGGAGACCAGAACCCGGCCUGGGGUGCUGCACAUCCCCAAGGCAUGGUCUCUGCCCCAAGGAGCUUCCAGUCUAAGGAGACAGGUGCUGGGGCGCGAGGGGCCGUUCCCCCUCAUCCUGCUGCCACAGUUCGGGGGCUACUGGAUCGAAGGCACCAACCAUGAGCUGACCAGCAUCCCCGAAACCGUGUCGCUCCCGUCUCCAACCUCCAAGGUGAAACUGGAAUGUAACCACAUGGCCAGGAUCUACAGGAAGCAUUUCCUGGGCAAGGAGCACUUUAACUACUACAGCCUGGACACAGCACUGGGCCACCUCGUCUUCUCCCUCAAGUACGAUGUCAUUGGUGACCAGGAGCACCUGCGGCUGCUACUCAGAACCAAGUGCCGAACCUACCAUGACGUCAUCCCCAUCUCCUGCCUGACCGAGUUUCCCAACGUCGUGCAGAUGGCCAAGCUGGCGUGCGAGGACGUGAACGUGGAUCGGUUCUAUCCGGUGUUGUACCCAAAGGCCUCCCGUCUCAUCGUCACCUUCGACGAGCACGUCCUCAGCAAUCACUUCAAGUUCGGCGUCAUCUACCAGAAGUUGGGCCAGACAUCCGAGGAGGAGCUGUUCGGCACCACCGAGGAGAGCCCGGCGUUCGUGGAGUUCCUCAACUUCCUGGGCCAGAAAGUCCAGCUGCAGGAUUUCAAGGGGUUCCGGGGGGGGCUGGACGUGACCCAUGGCCAGACGGGAACAGAAUCUGUCUACUGCACCUUCCGCAGCAAGGAGAUCAUGUUCCACGUGUCCACAAAGCUGCCCUACACCGAGGGUGACGCCCAGCAGUUGCAGAGGAAGCGGCACAUCGGGAACGACAUUGUGGCCAUCGUCUUCCAGGACGAGAACACGCCCUUCGUGCCGGACAUGAUCGCCUCCAAUUUCCUGCAUGCCUACAUCGUGGUGCAGGCGGAGAAGCCCUGCUCCGAGAGCACGCUCUACAAGGUGUCUGUCACAGCCCGGGAUGACGUGCCUUUCUUUGGCCCCCCACUGCCUGACCCAGCCGUCUUCAGAAAGGGCCUUGACUUCCAGGAGUUCCUGCUGACCAAGCUGAUCAAUGCCGAGUACGCCUGCUACAAAGCCGAGAAGUUUGCCAAGCUGGAGGAACGCACGCGGGCAGCUCUGCUGGAGACGCUGUACGAGGAGCUGCAUGUUAACAGCCAGUCCAUGAUGGGCCUGGGCGGGGACGAGGACAAGCUGGAGAAUGGCAGCGGGGGUAGCGGGGGCUUCUUCGAGUCCUUCAAGCGCGUGAUCCGCAGCCGCAGCCAGUCCAUGGAUGCCAUGGGCCUCAGCAGCAAGAAACAGAACACGGUGUCCACCAGCCACAGCGGCAGCUUCGGCCCCAACAACCCGGACAUGGCCAAAACCGCGGGCACAUCAUUGCUUGUCCCUGGAAAAGCGCCAAGUAGGUGCGGACGUCGAGGCAGCGCCAUAGGGAUAGGAACCAUAGAAGAGUCGCUGAUUGUUCCUGGGAAGAGCCCAACCCGGAAGAAAUCAGGGCCCUUCAGCCCCAGGCGGAGCAGCGCCAUCGGCAUCGAGAACAUCCAGGAGGUGCAGGAGAAAAGGGAGAGCACAGCAGGCCCCCAGAAGACACCUGACAGCGGCCACAUGUCCCAGGAGCCCAAGUCGGAGAACUCGUCCAACCAGAGCUCUCCAGAGAUGCCCACCAUGAAGAACAGGGGGGAGCCAGUGUUGCAGAGGCCCGAGGUGCUGCGGGACUUCUCCCGCUCGUCAUCCAGCGCCAGCAGCUUUGGCAGCGUGGUGGAGGAGAAUGAGGGUGCCGAUGAUUACAUGGGCAUGGAGAGCCAGGCCUCGGGGACGCCCCACAAGCGAGACUCCUUCAUCUACAGCACCUGGCUGGAUGACAGCCUCAGCACUGCCAGCGGGGGGAGCUCUCCAGGCCCCUCCCAAUCUCCCCAGCCGGAGCCCAGGAAACCUGGAGACCCCGCCUGUCCAGAAAUCAAAAUCCAGCUGGAGAAGUCUGAGCAGCACACGCCCCACCUGCCUGGAGAAGAUGGGAAUUCUCACGGCCUGUGCUCAGCGCCCUCGCCCCACUCUCCUUCCCCUGCAGCACCCACACAAGAAGCACAAGUUGAAGGGCUUGCGGAGGGCCCCGAGCUUUGUCACAGCCGAAGACGACUGGCCCAUCGCCAAAGCAAGCAGCCGGAGCCUGUGGCCUAGAUGGCCGGGCCAGCUCCCUCCUUCCCUUCCCACAUUGCGGCCAGGCGCUGGCUGCUUGAGAGCUGGAGCUUGUACACUGGGAAGGCCACCGCAUGGCUGAGGGGGCAUCAGGCCACCCGCCCGCGCCCAGAGCCUCUCCCGCAAGCGACCAAGACCUUGGAAGAGAUUCCCGGUGGCCUGCCUGUCGUGUGCCCAGCCCCCAACCAGCUCGGCCUGCUCUGCACUUUGCUGACGGGACAUGCGGUGCCAGGCACUUCACCCAUGCCCAGCCCUCGGACCCUGGGACAUGCCCUGCAGCCCAGAACACCUGGCAGGCCUUGAAGGAACCUCUCCAGAGAGGAAGCCAUUUCUACCCAGGCACCCAGCUUCCAGGAAUGACACUAUGGUGUGUUAGAGCCCAGCAACUCCCCAGUGACAGGCCAAUAACCUCUGGCAGCUAGAUGCUCCAGCCCCCACCUUUCCUGGCCAGCUGCGUCCUUGUUCCCCACCUGUGGGGCCACCUUGGCCAGUCUCACCGCGAGAGCCUCCCUCAGGGUCGUCCCUGGGAGUCUGACCCAGCCCCAGAGGAGGAAGGGUGGCACGUAGAUGAUACCUAGGGUGAAGGGUGCCCAGGAACCAGCCUAGCAUCACUGGCAGAGCCCAGGCUAGGGAGGAGUCCUGGGGGAAGGAGGGAUUGGGAGAUAUGGCAAACUAGAAGUGGGACCCUGGGCCAAGGGAGAAUGCCUGUCUCUGGCCCUGGCCUGGAAAGCCAUGCCUCCAAAUGUGCAUUGCCAGCCCCCUGCAGCUCUCUGACAGGCUGGCCGGUCUGCAGGGAUGUGGCCAGCACCUGGCUCUUGCGAGUGGCGGGGGUAUAUACCCCCUCCACCCACAUCUGUACACAGCCACCUAGCAUGGCCUCAAAUAGCAGCCGUGGUGCUGGGCUGAUGCCCAGGUGCGGAGGAAAGAGCCAGGCCUGGAAUAGCUCUGCCUUGCCAGAGGGAGGGCUGCUUCCCCCUCCCCUUCAUCUCCGCAUGCCGGACUGGUUUGCAGUGAGCGUGUGGCUGGCCUGUGGUCUGUGCCCCAGUGCUGUGGGACACGAGCCAAGACUCUUCAGCAUCCACUGCUGGUAGCCCCCCCCCCCCACGCAGGCCCCCCUGUGCCUGCAGCCUUUCAGCAGUGUCCCUCUGCAGAGUGCCCUCGCCAUGGCACCCUACGUCCCAGCUGCUCCAUGAGCCCGGCAGCAUCCUGGGCCCCAGCACGAGGGCUCCCUGUGCACACAGGCAUCCACCAGCCGCUCUGCCCGCGCCUCCUCUCCCGCCCUCAGCGACGCCCAUACACUCCACAAACACCACGGUAGCUCUGCCCCGUGGCCAGCAGGGGGCGCCCCAGCCCCCACCCUGUUCUUUGCGCCCUGGAAGCAGGGUCCUGCGGAGAGCAAAUGGAGAGCACGAGCUAGUGGUGCCAGCCGGGGCUGCGGGCCAGGUGGGCUCGUGAAUGGCUGUGGGGAGCAAUGUGGGGGCAGUGUCUUCAGACUGGGGUCUGUGAGAGCUCGGCUGCAUUAGGCUUCACGACUGCCCAGCUCUGGGGCACCCAGGCCUGAUCAGGGUGGAAUCAGAGCGUGUGUGAACCCAGGACUGGGCAAACGCCUGACGACUUUAGAAUAAGUUUAUCCCAAAGAGCCAUGACGCACUGACAGACAAUCUCUAGCAGACCCAUUGCAGCCACCCGGGUUAACCCCGGCUCCUGCUGCAGGUGACCGGCCAGUGCGCUGCCAUGCUGCACCAGGAGCCCGAGGCACAAGGGAGGUUCGACAGGCCUGGGCGGGAGAAGCCAAUUUGUUUUUUCAGGGAUUUUUUUAAUACUUUUUUUCCCAAAAAGCUUCCUGAGCUAUUUUUUAGUUUUUGUUUUUGAUGAAAAAAAUUACUCCUAAACCCCCGACUGGUGAGUUUUCACAAACAUCUUUCUGGUCAAAUUUCCAAUUUUUUGUGAAAAUAGUUUAGCCCAGAAAUGUUCCGUUUAUGUUUUUUCAUUGACAGACUGGAACAUUUUGACGAAAGUGAUGCAGGGUUGCCAGAAGUCCCUGAACCUAGCCAGGGUCCCCCAGAACUGGGCAGGGGGGAAAAUUUGACCAAAAUAAAAAUUUUCCACCAAAAAAAGUCAUUUUGCUGAAAAAUACCUUUUUUUUGGAAAAAAACAUUUUUGGGGGAAAAGUCUGCCAGCUGUGAUAUUAACCUCUUCUGUGCCACUGCCCAGGGUUACGGGCAGCAGGCCGUUUUGCGGCCACAAAGCGCGCACGAUGCACUACAAAGAGCAGACCUACGCUGCUGUCCAGCGCAGCUUCCUGGCCUCCACAGGGGUCACCAGCCACCCUGAGUCCAUUAGCUCCUGAAGUAGGAUGACCUUGGUGUGUAGCCAUGGGGGUCUGUUUUCAUGUGGGGGCGUGCACUGCACAUUGUAAAAAAAAUAUAUAUUGAACUGGCUUCCUCUGCGGGCAGGAAGGUACAACUCCCUGAUGUGUGUGUAUUUAAUUUUAAACUGCCGACUGUCUGUGUAAUAUAACUAUGCUGUGGACACCCAGGGGUAUUUUAUGUCUGUGUUGUAUUCAUUUUUUUUAAAGCGACAUAAAAUGCAUUGGAUCCAAUUCUAAAUUAAUGUUCAGAAACUAAUUUUUUUAAAAUCUGAGAUUGUGUUUGUGUUUCUGGUGAAAUAUGUAUAAAAUAAAGUUCUAUUUAUCGCUAUUGUAA